GAUUCUCUUAUCAGAAUGGGUCCGUGCACUGGCUCACUGGGAUGGGUGGUCACCCUGUUCAACAGGAAACCCUGCGAAAAUAAUAGGUUGAAAAGCAAGCAGGCUUGAACCAACACUGUGCGGUUUGAGCUUCACAAACGCUGGUGUUUAUACGCUGGAUGCUGGCUGGAAACUUUUCAUAACAAAUUCAAACAUGUCACUGUUGUUUCCCCAUUACGCCAAGUUACAUUUACUUCUGUUGACUUUGGUGAAACGCAGGCCCAAGGAUGAAUUUAACACCAUUUAUUUGAACUUCUUCUUACUUGUAAUCUCUUUGGUGUCACUAGUGUCCAUAUUCUGUCUGACCAGGGGUGUGUCAGCAUAUAAAUUCAUUUCAUAGGACCCUGUGCAAACGGUUAGCCACCCGAUGCUGUCCUAUUGUUCGCCCCUUCAUAUACGAUGCAUGGUUUAGUGCUUUUCAUAUCACCAUGGUGAAUUAAAUGCUCUCUGCACACCUCCUGUCACACGUCCAGUCACCAGAUCUAAAUCUCACUAAACCAUAGAGGGUGUGAAGAACGAUUAUCAUCUCUCAAAGAUACAGAAAGCUCUUUCUUCUGGCGGCGUCUGGUGUUAACCUACCAGCCUCCAACCAUUGCAAUCACACCGCUAAGCUUUUGUAAGACGACAUUCCUUAAAGGACUGAAGAAGCAUUCAAGCAAGUAGCAGCCAAGCUUGUGUAACCGUUUUUCAAAUAAUUUGUUAGGUUUGCGAGAUUUUGUCCGAUCCCCUUGCAUGUUUUGUUGUGUUGUUGUCUCUGGAUACAUUUCUCUUGUAGCUGCCGUCCACAAAUAGGACUGACUGUAGCUUCUUGAAGGCUUUACGUGUUUCGCUACAACCGGUGAACAUACUACUGGUGCUGGUGAAUCUUAGUCCAGGCACUUCAACUGACAGCAGUGCCUAGCAACAUGACAAUUAAACCCCACAUUUAGCCACAAUAAAGACCUGUUGUAGUAACACUGCAUAUCAUACUUAAAACGUAAAUUCAACAGCUUUAGAAGCCAAACUGUUUUGUUUUUUUAAAGAAAGAAGCAGAACAGAAAAUGAACAUGGUGAUAAUCAAAACAAAAUGUUUUACAGCUCUACAUAAUUGUUGUGUAUUGUGCAAAGGCAGGAAUGCCUGUGGAGCAAACAUCUAGUAAAAGUUGCUCUGACGGAGCAGUUUAGACUUGUUCUUGCUAGUCAUGAAUUAGUGGAGCCUGGAGGCUUUGAUAUAUUUGACGUUUUACAUUCCUGAUAGCUCGACGUUAUUUCCAUAAUAUUCUCGCCUAGUUACUGGUGUGUGGGAGAGAUGUGUGUGAGAGAGAGAUGUGUGUUACAGUGGGAGGAGGCAAGGUGCUUAAAUAAGCGGCACCAACAGAUCACUCUUGUAACCUGAGAGGUGGACUAUAAAUACCCCUAACCUUUUCCUGUGUGUGUCGGUUUUUAUGUGUUUGGUCAGAGGUUGGUACAAGCUGGUUUGGCUGUUGGAGGACAAUACCGCUUUGGCAUGGGGGCCCGCCUGCUGCGCGGUUGCCGGUCAUGGCUUCACGAGUUGUACAGUUAUACCCAGAAAUGCAGAGGACAGACUGUUGGUCGGAUUCGAAGCGUUCUGCAGCUCUGUGCUCACCUAAAGUUCAACUUGUGAAAAAAUGCCCCAGCUAAUAACAUGUUUGAUGCGCACGAGUGAUUGCCGGGUUUCCAGACAUCAGCGAGACUCUCAGAUUUCUGCAGUUCUAGCAGCAGCCCCUCUUUCCAACCCAUCCGCAGUCAGAUCCCUAUUCCCACUGCACAUGUCAUGCCAUCCACGGCCGGAGCCCCGGCCUCUAAGCCCCAGUCAUGUGUCCAGGAGGACUGCCUGUCCUCGCUUGAGAGUCACAGAUCUUCCUCCGGCUCCAGGACCCCGAGCGGCUCCACCUCGAAGUCUUCCUCUCUUUCCAAGUCGGCAUCGUCGCCCAACUUGGACGCUCAGGCCGGUGUGGGAGGGGAACCCUUGGGUCCAAAGCCAGACUGCCUGAGCCGCUACCGCAGCCUCGUCAACGGGCUGGACCACUCGCUUUUCCCCUCAGACCACACGCGGUUGGAUGAGGGCCAGAGGUUUGACACUCCUGCCGUCGAACCUACUCUAAAUCAGUCAGCCCUGUUGGGGGGGUUAUGCCCUGAUGUCAGACUCCGAUUACAGGCGAGUGGGAUCAGAGACAGCCCGGACUGUGUGUCUGAGGCCUACAGAGGAGGCAUGGAGCACAGCUAUAAAGUUCUGCCUGAAGCAAGGCCCGGGGUUGCCGGCACAGCAGAAGCCUCUAAUCAGAGGGGCAGUCAGCCUGGUGCAACUGGCUCUGCUGGAGUCUACACAAGCCCUCUCAGCCUGCAGACACAGGCUCUGCUGAGGGAGCACACCGGCUCCAAAGGCUAUGAGCCACUGCGGCAGGACAGAUGUGGUGAACUGUCCAGCUGGCAGCAGCAACAGCAGCACAAGCAGCAACUGGAGAGUUUACGCCUGCAAGUGGAACAAAUGCAGUUGUUGGGCGCCGGUGUGGGUCAGUACCCACCUCUGUACUCGAACCCCGUUCACUCGGAGUCUGGCAAGUGGGACGCUCUGGUUAAAGCCAGUGAGAGUCUGUUGAAGGAGAAGGAGCUCAUCAUCGAGAGACAAAAGCAGCAUAUGGCCCAGCUGGAGCAGCGUCUGAGGGAAAGCGAGCUCCAGGUCCAUGGAGCACUUUUGGGUCGAGGGGCGUCUUAUGGGGACAUGUGCAUGCUGAGGCUACAGGAGGCUCAAAGAGAGAACGCAUUCCUGAGAGCGCAGUUUGCUGAGCGCACGGACUGCGUCGCCCUGGAGAAAGCAGAGGCAGAGCGCAGACUGGGAGCAGUCGAAGCUGAAACACGCCGACUAACAGACGGUCUGAAGGAGACCUGUGAGAGACACGCAGAGGAAAUGAAGAAACAGGAAGAGAGGAUCCGCAGUCGGGACAAACACAUUAGCAACCUGAAGAAGAAGUGUCAGAAGGAAGCGGAGCUGAAGAGGGAGAACCAGCAGCGUAUCGAGACUCUGGAGCGCUAUCUGGCCGACUUGCCCACCUUGGAGGACUACCAGAACCAGAACAAGCAGCUCCUGGAGGCUGAACAGCAGGCAGCCCAACUACAGGAGCAAGUAAAAGAAUUGGAGGUCUGUCUUGAGACAACACGCUCCCAACUAAAGGAAAAGGACGUCCAGCUGGAGGAGCAGAAACGCAGGGAGAGAGACCUGCUGACCACCAUCACUGAUAUGCAGCAGCGGGUGCAGCAGGGCCUCGAGGACGGAGCCAGGCUGCCAUCACUGGAUAUUGAGAAGCUCCGAGGGGACAACAACUCUCUGAGAGAGGAACAGCAAAGACUCAAAAAGGUCAUUGAGAAGCAACACCUAAUGAUGGAACAGCUUGGCUCCCAAAUCCAGGCUCUGGAGGAGCAGAUAUCUCAGGAAGAGAGCAGCUCCCAGGCUCUCAGAGAAGAGGUGUUGGCCAAAGAGCAGAAUGCGUUGGAGCUCCACACGGCCAUGAGGGAGCUGUCGGUGCAGAACCAAGAACUGUUGGAGCAGAAUCUGACCCUGCAGGAGCAGAUGAGCGAUCCAGAACAGAGGGGCACCAACCAGGCCUCCUCUGCCCUGCAGCCAGCCGGCGCUCGUCUCACACAGAGGCUCCACGUGGAGAUCGCCUCCUGCCUCAGUGACCUGCGCUCGCUGUGCAGCAUCCUGACCCAGAGAGCUCAGGGACAAGACCCAAACCUCUCGCUGCUGCUUGGUCUCACUUCACCUCCGCAAGUGGCAGAGCAGGGUGAGGACUGGAUGAGUCCAGAGGUGCUGCAGAAGAAGCUCGUCGAAGCCCAGCAGCUCCGUCGAGAUGUUGAGGAACUACGUAACGUCAUACUGGACCGUUACGCGCAGGACAUGGGGGAGAACUGUAUCACCCAGUAACCUUGCCGCCCCCGAUGAUGGAGGAAACUUGCAGAAGCCCACGCUUUUACCUCAGAAGCGUCUAAAACAACUCUUCUGUCUUUCAUGCCUAGUUACUGAAUGUCAGAAAAAGGACUGAAAUGGAUUAUACAUUUUUUUUAAAUGAGGACAGAGGAAAGCCCAUAUGGUUUAGCUUCUACUUCCCUCGACUGACUGAACGUCAAGUCUCAGAACCCUCCCUUCUUCCUAGAGAGUUCAUCUAUUUCUGUCCAAGGGCUAACAGAAAAUAACUUACCUCUAAUACUUGAUCCUUUAAGCAUAGUGCGUGUGUUUUUUAAUAAUGAUGACAUGAUACUGUCAGUUACCAAACAGUCUUAUACUUUUUGUUCCGCUGAAGUGGAUGACUAUUUGUGUAGAAGUCCCACAUAUAUAAUUUAUUUAAAAUUUUAUUUCCCGCCUGAGGGGAAUUAUCCAAGAAAAAUGGUUGACAAUCAACUGAAAAUAUUUUAACUUGUGCUUUUAACCCUAGUCACAAUGAAAAUGUUGCUAACUUGCCAUUAUUUAAAAUGGUAGACACUGUAACGUUAGACUCUUAGCUGUGAGGUCAAAGACGAAAACAACCAAGUCAGCUUCUAACACCAACAGGCCUAAAGCGGUUUUUACUACCAAAGAAAACUCUGGUCGACGGAAGUUGUGCAAGUCUCCAAAUGUUUGUGAGCGCUCCUCCCUGCUGCAGGACGCAUUCAUGAAUGAACACCAACAUGUGCCUUUCUCACGUUUCGCAAACAGCAAUGCUAAUUCAUUUCAGACCAACCACAGAGGGGCUGAUUGCAGCAGCUCUCUUCCAUUCUGACUUUUCUCUCUCAGCGUGUGAACCAGUAGUGUAGUCAAUACAUUCCCUGACUCUGAAUGUAGCAGAUAACUGUGGGCUGCGUCAGAGCUUGCGGAGGCCCCGACACUUUUUUUGUUCUUUAUUCCUCGUAGUUAAAUACAACUCAUCAGUCUGUGUGAUCGUUGUAGCCUCUGCUCUGUGUAGACCAAUAACUUCACAGGAUACUGUACGUUUCCAUUGACAGUGGCUUCAACAGAGUGGAUCAGUGUUUAAUAAUUGUACGCCUGAGAACCAGUAUUAAUCUUCAGUAUUAUUUAUUUUUAUUUUGUUUGCAUCGACAACUCAGCGUGAAAGUGUUUCGGAUCCUCCCUUAUGACUUGCUGUAAUAAUGUGCUAAUGUUUGAGUUAACUUUGGAAUCAACAAUGUGUAAAGGUCCCAUGAAGUGGCUCUUAGAUUAUUUCCUUCUGUGGCGUUUCGAAUGAGUUGGCAGGCGAUAGACACCGAGGAUGAGUCGCUUCCUUCAUGUGGAAGAGGGACAUGUUUUAAUCCCACAUGGUGGCGAUGAUGAUGGUGAUGAUGGGAGGGGUUGGCUGGAUCACCCCUAAAUCUCAGAUCACAUUGUACUCGACGGGAUUUUAUGUUUGCAAGAUAAGCCAUUUUUAAAAGACUCGACACUUUACAGGAAGAGAAAGGGAUUUUAAUAUGAAAAUAUGCAACAAUUACUUUUGACAAAAUUUUACAGAACAACACACCCAGGGACAAACAAGCCAUUUAGUUUUUCAUUUCAUGGGACCUUUAAACUCGAGUAGCACAAGAUUUCUCUUUGGAAAAGUCAGGUUCCGCAUGCCUUAACUUAACAUCUCAAAUGUUUUGCGAAAGGGAAAAAAAAUGAUGUUUAUAUUUUCAUACUUUUGUCCUUGUUUGUAUUUGCAUAUUUUAGAAAUAAAGACUUUCAACUUUUUGUUUUAAA